AGCCCUCUGCCCCUCCCGCCGCGUGGUGCUCAUCCACAAGGAGAUUCAUCUGUCUUCUACCAAGAUCUAAGAAAAAUUUCUCUGGAUGUUGCAUGGAAAAGGUUCACAGAGGAGGGGCAGUGGACAUUGUGGUACCUAUGGAGUUUUAUGUUUGUGGCUGUUGGACCCCGACUGCCCAAAUCCUGUGAGAGGUCAUGGAGACCGGAAGUGGCAUGUUCAGUGGGCAGCUCCUAUGCUUGAUGUCGGAGGAGUUCUAUUUGGUCAUUCUCCAAACUGCUUGAUUGGUUUUUGUAACUUCUGUCCCCUGAAGAGGGAUCCACUGGAGGAGAGCCCUGAGAGGUCAGGGAAGGACGUCCAGAGCUUCGUUCUGUCCCAGCAUUGCCACAUUGAUGUCACGGAUAGCCCUUCGAGGACACCACAGCUAAGCUGCUACAUCCCUUGUGCCUUGUCCUGGGUUCGGGAUUCCCCACUCCCUGGAGCCAUCGUACAGGAACAGCCAUGCUGGUUAGAUGAACUCUUUGUGUUGACUCCUGGGGAGUUCAUGCCUGUGUUCCAGCGGUCAACCGGCUACAGGAUCCACACCCCCAGGGAGUGCCCAGCUGGAACAAAUUCUCCCGGCACAGCCUCGCUCAGUUUUGGGGUGAAAUGCAGAGGAGCUCUGGGAGAAUAUCUUGUGAACAUGAGCUCGUCCAUGCCUGCCUUGGCGAGGAAUGUUCUGGGCUCCCGAAAGAGCCUUGACCAUAGAAGCCUUAACUAG